GGAAAACAACAAACUGCAUUUUUACAUUGGGCUAUAAAUCCUGUGAUUAACACGCCUCUAAAUCCCUGUGCCUUGUGAAAAUCAUCUCUUUGGGAUUUAUGGUCCUGCAAAUUUGUUCGUCUCUGUACACUUUUCGAUUGGACAAACGGGAGAGAGGGGUUUCACCCACUCAAGAUGCAUUUCCUGCAACUCCCUCUACUCGACGCAGCAGGAAACUGUUAUUAUACCACACAAGCAAAAGAAAAAACAUGGGUUUCAAAGUGUGUGCCGCUUCAUACAUCUCAUUGUAUCUGUGGUGUCUGUUACGAACCCUUUUGGUUUGGUGGUGUGAGUAAACUCUGAGUAUUAUGAUUCAGUUUCUCAUAUUGCAGAAGUAAAUAAAGCAAAGUGGACAGGACAACCAAACCAUACUUAACUAUCUGAGAGAUGAAUUUUAGGUGUGUCUUUAACAACAACUCUGGCUGUUAAUAAAUGAGGAACAUGAAAGCUGUGUAAGUCUGGUUGCAUAAGAAUAACAGCAGCAAUGUGAGAAAGAAAGCUGAAAGUCAUAAUGAGGAAGUCAUAAAUCGAUAAUUACAGGAAGAAGACACAUUUAUGCUUUAGAAGUCUGAGAAGAAAAGAGAGACUGAGAGACAUGAUGGUUACAUUUAGAUGGAUAAAAAUGUUUCUGUUCUUUAUACUAAUGCUUCAGUUUGGAGGAGCACAUAGUCGAGAUCUUUUGUUCUCCUUCACUGUCAGAGAUGGAGAUAAAGUCACUUUGCCUUGUGAAAACGUGAUCAACAAUCAUCUCAACUGUGACACUACCACCUGGCUCUUCACUGAUUCAAGAGGAAAAGCAGCAGUAGAGCUGGUUAAUCUUGGACAGAUCAAAGAAAAAGCCAAAUCAGACAGACUGAGUGUUACAGCAGAAUGCUCACUGGUUUUAAAGAAGGUCACAGUUGAGGAUGUUGGUCGUUACACCUGCAGACAGUUUAUAGGCAAUCCAUGGACACAGCAAGGUCCAGAUGCUGUGGUUUAUCUGUCUGUUGUUCAUAUGACUGAACAGAAGAAAGCUGAUGAGGUGACUUUAAACUGCUCUGUGUGGAGAUAUGAACGGUGUAAAUACAAAGUGAAGUGGAUCCAUAACAGUGAAGCUCUGGAUAGAGAUUACUCAAAUUUAAAACCAUUGGAGUCUGAGUGCUCUGCUACUGUGACUUUUCUGAACCUUGCAUACACUCACCUAUCAACUUAUGACUUUAACUGUAGCGUAACAACAGAAGAUAACAAAGUGCAGCUUUUUACUUUCAGCACUCAGUCAUCAGGUGAGAAAUCAAAUACUGCAACAACAAUAAAAUCAGAAACUACAACUGGAAACACAACAAAAGAGCUGGAAAUCAUGGAUGAUUCAACAAAAUUACCAGGCUCAUGCUGGUACAGGCUCAUCAUUGUGCCUCUGGGUUUAGCAGCACUUAUAGCAGCUGUUGUGGUCGUCAACAUCUGGACAAGAGCUGGUGUGUAAAGAUGGUGAACUAUGAAAAUGUCCAAUCUUCUGAUGUAGUUUGACCAACCCUCCAGCUUCUGUCAGAUCUCACUGAUCAGCACAUCAACAUGCUUUAUAUUUGCACGAGGAGCAGAAGCUUUUAAAAAGAGACUCGUUAGUUUUGCUUUAGUCACAGUUUGAACAACAAUUUUGAAAUCUUGAUAUGAUCUUUUUAGAACCACAGUGACUUUUCUAAACUGCCUGCCUGCAUCAGCUGUAAAAAGCUCUUCCUCCUUGUACUGUGUUUUUUGGAGGUGACCAUUGUUUUUCAUCAGUUUUCGGCAGGCAGGGGGCGCUUUUGGAGGUUUUCUGGACCACAAAGAUAGGAUCAUCAGAUGUUUGAAAUGUUGUUUUCGCUUUCUGCAGAGGCCUCCUGUACAGCAUGUGUGUUGUAAAAAGAAUACACAUACCUACAUUUUUCUUUUACAUCUGCAUUUGCUGAUCAUUUCUGAACUUGGAAAACAUGCUCUCACUAUUAUUUCCAAAACACUCCUGUCGGCACUUUAAUCUUGGGUAAUAGAUUUCAAAGCCGUUUUUCAUUUCUUUCUUUUUCAGCUGCAGAAACUUAGUUUAAAGUUUUGAGCUUAGUUUUACGAGCCUGAGCCUGGAUACAAAGUCAUUUGUAUCCAGGUGUGGUCGAAUCUGGUCUGCACUCAAAUGAGUUUUGAUUGAUGAUGAUGUAAUCACACACACUGUUAUCUUUAAUGGAUUUGAACAUAAUGCAAUCUUUAAAAUAAAUAAAAAUUCUAAGCAGAAAGUCUGUUUUGCAUCUCACACUUCAGUCACUUUUGGUGUCCUGUUUCCAUUCUUUAACUCUCAUGUUAUUUU